AUGGCAUCUCCAAAGGUUGUUUUUUGUCUGAUGUGUUUGUCCUUAGGGAAAAUGGUUCAGAUGACUGAUCUGAAAUUCUCUUCAUCUGUUCGCCAAGGGAAAGGUUUUGUGUCUGUUAAUACUGGGGACAGCUUGACGUUGCAAUGUUUCUAUGAAGGUGAUGUUGCAAGGCUUUACUGGUAUAAGCAGGCACUAGGGCAGAAACCAAGGCUAGUCUCCACCAUCUAUAAGUACGAAGGAAAUGGCAUUUUCUAUGAUGAAUUUAAGAACGAUCCACGCUUCACACUAGAUACUAGCCUCAGUAAAAAUCACUUGACUAUCACAGAUAUACGCAUUUCAGACUCAGCUACUUACUACUGCGUAAGUAGCUUCACAUUUAUUUUACAAUUUGAGGAGGGAAUAAUUAUCAGUGUAAAGGAUUCAGGUUUAAACAUCCAAGCUUUGGUGCAUCAGUCAGCAUCUGAGAGCAUCCAGCCAGGAGGCUCUGUGACUCUGAACUGUACAGUACACAUUGGGACCUGUGAUGAUGGAGAACACAGUGUUUACUGGUUCAAAAACUCUGAAGAAUCUCAUCCAGGACUCAUUUACACACAUGGAGGCAGGAAUGAUCAGUGUGAGAGGAACACCAACACACAAACCCACACCUGUGUCUACAACUUGCCGAUGAAGAGUCUGAAUCUUUCUCAUGCUGGGACCUACUACUGUGCUGUUGCCUUAUGUGGACAGAUACUGUUUGGAGACGGGACCAAGCUGGACGUUGUCAAAGUGGAGGAUUGUCUUGUCUGGCGCGGGGGUUUCGCCAUCGCCACCAUCCUAGUUGUUGUACUGGGUAUCUUAGUAUGUGCAAUGAACAAAAGGAACAGCUCUCCUUGUGAAGGAUUACCAAUGUGGAGAUAA